AAAGGAAAGGAUUACUGUACUGCAUAGUGAUACUUAGAUUCCCAAAACGAAUUCAAACAUUAAACAGAUUCAUAGCUUUUGCUUUUUGUUUUUACUACUGCUCAACUGGUGAUGAAACGUUAUUCAACUGAGCCCUCCUUAGGUAAAGAAACUGAUCCCAGUAACGUAAACACAAACCAGCCAUUUAUUUCUGGAGCACAUAAAAUAGGCUGAGUUCAAGCUCUUACAGAAGCUGUAGAAGCAACCUUCAGACACCAGAAUGACUUCACUACUGCAGGAGAAACUUUGCGAAGUUCACACUCAGGCUCCUGCACCCAAGAAAGAUUUCCACUGCUUGACUAUCACAAAAAAUGAGGUUAUCUGGAAAUCAUGGCAAAUUUCUUUCCGACCUAAUCAAGAAAAGAUUCUCCCAAAGGAAUUGAAGAAGACACACAAAGAUUUUCUGUUGGAUGAACAAUUACAUAAGCAAGUUCAAAGCAUUUUUGGGAAAGGCAUGCUGAAGUACACUCUCAACUUGUGUCACGGACACUAUGAUUUCCUAGUUCGAAUGCCUGAGAAUUUGAUUGUUCAUAUCAUGUCAUUUCUUAAUGUGGAAGACAUUGAACAGUUGUCAAAAACCUGUAAAAGGUUUCAGCAGCUGUGUAAGACUGAUGAAUUUUGGGAAAGAAUAAAAAGACUGCAAGAUAAAUACACUCUUGACGUACAGACAGCCAAAUUUCCAGCUUACAAAAAGCAAAGGAAUUUCCAUCAAAGACGAGGCUUUCUGACACAGAUGCAGAGAAGGCAGACCACAUUCUUCUAAAAAGUCUUGGGGCUUACAUUAUA